UCGACUGCUCUGGUUUGUGUGUGAUGAAGUUGGAAGUAACAUUAGACAAGGAAGAGUUAGUCAUCUAGAUAAGUCUUCAAGCAUAGCUGGAUAUUCUACUUUACUUUCAAACUCCAACGGGAAACUGACAUUAGAACAACGUUGUCGAAGGAACAUCAAACGAACGUCAGGAGACAUAACGUUACUUCUUUCCCACGUGGACAGAAACGUGCUAGCUAGCUACUGUAGCCUUUCACCUGAAUCAGGUCAUCUAACUGAACUAUAUCAGUCUUGACAUUGACUUCAUUUCUGUUGUUGCCACGUGAGCAGGACAAUAUGAGUGGAAAGAGGGAAACAUUGAUGGAUGAAAUGGAACAGAGUUUAUACACUUUAACCAACGACAAUUUACGCUGCCUGUGUGAACGCAGUGGAAUAGGUGGCAAGGAUGGCUCUGAUGUUCAAGGAAAGAAUCACCAUCACUCAUUGUGCCGUAAAAUCCUGGAGGAACUUUGGGAAAAUGCAGAUUCAAUGGAAUCGGAGGAGCAGGGAAUGUCUUGGUUACUCCAACUGAAAGAGGACAUCAGGAAGAUACAGGAGGAGGGUAUCGGUGCACCUUUGAGUCCCAGCCAAUCCAUUGAUGAUGAUGCUGUAGACUGUGAUGAAGACGAGAACCAGAAGGACAUGGAUUGGUUACCUAGCAAAGGGCUGGAGGGGGAACCCAUGAGUCCCAGCCAAUCCUUUGAUGACAACGCUGCAGACUGCGAUGAAGAAUGGGAUGAGGAGGACAGGGAUUUGUUGCCGAGCAAAGGCCUGGAGGCAGAACCAGCACCAGAGAGACACACACCAGAGCAGAGGGAGAAGAGAGUGAGUGGGUCCCCCUCUCUGUCCUCUCCUGGUAAUGCCUUACUGCAGGGUCUGAAGAGAGUGAGUGGGUCCCCCUCUCUGUCCUCUCCUGGUAAUGCCUUACUGCUGGGUCUGAAUAGAGUGAGUGGGUCCCCCUCUCUGUCCUCUCCUGGUAAUGCCUUACUGCUGGGUCUGAAGAGAGUGAGUGGGUCCCCCUCUCUGUCCUCUCCUGGUAAUGCCUUACUGCUGGGUCUGAAGAGAGUGAGUGGGUCCCCCUCUCUGUCCUCUCCUGGUAAUGCCUUACUGCAGGGUCUGAAGAGGGUGUCUGUGCGGCUGGUCGACUGCAGGAAAACACCAGGGUUGAGAGGAACUGCUGGAGGAGGAGACGAGGAGGAGGAAGGAGAUGAGGAGGAGGAAGGAGACGAGAUUCAUCAAAGAGAGAGACGUGGCAACCGUGGAUCUUCUGGGGAGCCUCAACAACAACCUCAUCAUGCUGACGACCCAGACUGGAGUCUCGCCACAUCAAAACACUUCCACAAACAACCACAGAGACAUGCAGGGAAGAAACCUCACCACUGCUAUGACUGCGGAAAGAGUUUCAGUGUUUUAUCAGGCUUGAAAAUCCAUCAAAGCACCCACACUGAAAAUAAACCAUUCCAAUGCUCCAAGUGUGGGAAAGGUUUUGCAAACAACCACUAUCGAAAAAUACAUGAGAAAACGGUACAUGAGCCUCCCACAGAAAGGUCUUACCACUGCUCUGACUGCGGGAAGAGCUACAGUUUUUUAUCAACCUUCAAAAACCAUCAAAGGAUACACACAGGAGAGAAACCAUUCCAAUGCUCCAAGUGCAAGAAAAGUUUUGCUCAGAAAUCCACUCUGAAAGCACACGAGCAAACACACAUUCCUGCCGCAGAAAGGCCUUACCAAUGCUCCUACUGCGAGAAGAAGUUUUGUAUUUCGGCGUCCUUUAAUUUCCAUAUGAGAAUGCAUACUGAAGAAAAACCAUUCCAAUGUUCCGUCUGCGGAAUGCGGUUCAUUCAAGCCUAUUUACUGAAAUCACACAAGUUUAAACACAAGCCCAUUGAAGAAAAGCCCUUCAGCUGCUCAGAAUGUGGUGCGGGUUUUGCCACGAAAGGUAGUCUCAAAUUUCACCAGCUGAUGCACAACCCAAGAGAGAGACCUUACCGCUGUUCUGAGUGUGGUCAUUGUUUCUCUCAUCUGAUAUAUCUGAAGAAACACCAGAAGAGACACAGUAAAGAGAAGUCCAUUGUCUGCGACCUGUGCGGGAAGACCUUCAACCAUCCAAGCAACUUCAGAACGCACAUGAAGAUACACCGAGGAGUGAAACCGUACCACUGCACCGACUGUGGCAGGAGCUUCAUAUUCCGCCAAGGUUUAACAACACACCAGCGUGUGCACACCGGCGAGCUGCCUUACGUCUGCGAUCAAUGUGGGAGGAGGUUUUCUCAGUCCAAUUCUUUGGUGACUCACCAGCGAACACACACCGGAGUGAAACCUUACCCAUGCUUGGUCUGUGGGAAGAGCUUCAGUCGGUCACAAAACCUGGCUGCACACAAGAGAACUCAUACUGGAGAGAAGCCUCACGCCUGUGAUCAGUGCGGGAAGAGGUUUUCCCGAACCGACGCACUGGCUGUACACAAGCGCACUCACACUGGAGAGAAGCCUUACAGCUGUGAUAUAUGCAGGGAGACAUUCACCUAUUUAGUAGCCAUGCUGAAACAUAAGAAUGGACAUGGACGUCCUGCAGGUGAUGUACUCUGUGCUGAAUGUCCUCAGGACGAUUCCAGCCCUGUCUAUGAAUAGAGAACUUUGUUUAACUUGCAGAAGACCUCAAUUUGUUGUUUUACUUACAAUCUAACCCCCAGAGAGAGAGAGACACAAACACUCACACACGCAGACAAACCCAGAGGGCGGCAGGUAGCCUAGCGGUUAAGAGCGUUUGACCGGUAACCGAAAGAUCGCUCAUUCGAAUCCCUGAGUCGGCAAAGGUUAGAAGGAAAAAAAUCUGCUGUUCUGCCCUUGAGCCAGUUAGUACCCAACAACAACUGCUCCCUGGGCACACAUGACUUGGAUUAAGGCAGCCCGCCGCGCCUCUGUGAUUCAGAGGGUUUAGAUGUGGAAGGUUGAAGGCAUUUAGUGGUGCAACUGGCUAGUUAUCCCUCAUUUCCUUUCCACCCAGAGGAAUUGGGAGCACAGAGUGGUUACUAUGAGUUUUGAGAGUAGUUACUCUGGUCUUUGAGAGUGGUUACUGUGGUUUUUGAAAGCAAGGAUUGUGGCUUUAAAUAGUCUGAAAUCAUAAUGUUGUGUUGUAUACAUACACACCUGACAGGUGUAGGAUCAGGUUCCUCUCCCCCAAAUCUCCCCCAAAUCCUAUCUUUUAGCAUUAGUGGGGAAAAUGCUAAACUGACACAAGAUCAGCAUCUAGGGGCAACUUCACCCUACACUUGCCCCUUCCCUGGGGGCUGUUCCAGAUAGCAGAUUCAUUGAGGUACUGUCCUAAAUAUUCUCAACUAUUAUAAUUUUUUUGGACAAAUAUAGACUUGAAAUUGGCAGAGUAGUGUAGUACAUAUACAGGAAGGAGUGGCUUCCGUCUGGCCACUCUACCAUAAAGGGGUGCUGCAGAGAUGGUUGUCCUUCUGGAAGGUUCUCCCAUCGCCACAGAGGAACUCUGGAGCUCUGUCAGUG